AUGGUGGAAGGCGGCUUAAGGGGGGGACGGACAAGAACGAAGAGGAGACGAAAUGGCAUAGAGGAGGAUGUCCACAUCCCACAAACAAAACGCAGUAGCCAAAAUGCAGUUUUUCAUGACUCCUGGGAUACAGAGUCCUCCAGCAGGAGCACCAGUAGUUGCAGCAGUAGCAGCAUCAGCAGCCCUGACAGAGCUAGUAGGCCGGAAAGCAGCCUAGACCACAUAAUGCCAGGAUCAAGUCCUGUGACCCCUCCUCAGUCUAUCCAUGAGCAGUCUGCACUAUGCCAAGGUCCUUACUUCCACAUCAACCAGAUCCUGAAAUAG